CAUACUUUUUGAUUGGCGCUCUUUUACUUCGUGCUUCCUUCAUUCGCUCCGCUCUUUCAAUUUUACAGAAAAUGGCUACCGAAGAAUUGGUGACUGAGCAGUUUCAAUUUUUAGGUAUAGAAGUAUCGAAAGAAGUUUUGACCAAAUGUGUAAGUCUGUGUACAGAAUAUAAUGUAGACGCUGAAAGUUUUAUUGAACAAUGGAUGGCAUUUAGUUUAACUACAUUAAACGGCGCGUCUCCAACUUUAGAGAACUUAGAAUUACUCGCAAAAAGGGAAUUUUCCAAACGUUCGGCAAGUCGGCCUAACGCUCUUGUUAAUGAAGUUACACAUUCAAGUACCGGCACAAGUUUGACUGUUUACGGCGCACCCGCAACUAUUCCAUCAGAAAAUGAAGUCCUGUCAAAUUAUAUGAGUACCACCCCAAAGAGAAUUAAAACAGAGAAAGUAGAACAAGCAAAAAGUCACAAUGAAUUGCAUCCCGCUACAUACUCACCAAAUGUUGAUAAUUCGGGAAAAUACACCUCGCGAACGAAUCAAGGAUCUGUUGUACACUCAUAUGGCGAAGAAAAAUUAUUAUCAGCAAUAGCCUCGUCGACCGGAGUUAAUGACUUGUUGGAAUUGAAUAUAUCACAAGUGCCCAAUGAUGAUGGAGACUUGUACACUAAAGCAAUGUUCGGCUUCGAAUUGCUCCAUGAAAAAGCUAGUGCGUUCGAUAAUCACAUCAGAUAUUUGUCUCAGUGUAUAAUGAAGAAGAAUGGUUUUACAGAAUCAUCUUCAGUGAGACACAAAACUCAAACAGAAGUCUUAGUAGCAGGCCGCAUUGAGUGUGACGCAGAUGCGAGACUCAACUCUAAAAGUGUUGUUCUACAAGGAACAUGGGAGGAUUCUCUCAGUCAGGCCGUAUCCGUUGAUUUAGAUGGGGUAAAGCAGUACUCGCUCUUUCCUGGACAAGUGGUAGUGAUGCGCGGCGUUAACCCGCGGGGGAACAAGUUUAUAGCGCAGGAAGUGUUCCAUGAUGCAUCUCGACCAGUGUCCGAUCCCAAGGCUGAUAUGAUGAACGCUUUAAAAGGUACAAUGUCAAUGGUGGUAGCAACGGGUCCAUAUACAACUUCCAACAACAUGGCUUAUGAGCCACUAAAAGACUUUAUAACAUACAUCGGCACGCACAAACCCCACGUUGUAAUAAUGAUCGGACCAUUUAUGGAUAGCGAACACGCUAAAAUAAAAGAUCACUCCAUGGCCGAAACUUACAAAUCAUUUUUUGAUAAAUUGAUUGAUAGUAUAGCAGAAAUUGGUGCAGUGAGUCCCUUCACAAAGAUAUACAUCGUAUCGAGUUCGAAGGACGCAUUCAACGUGAACAUCUACCCCACACCAGCAUACAGCAGCCGUCGAAAGCACUCCAACAUACAUUUUCUACCAGACCCGAGCACACUAAAUAUUAACGGUAUUAUUGUUGGUAUAACCAGCAUUGAUAUCCUCAUGCACAUCAGUCAAGAGGAAAUUUCCUUAGGUAUGGGCGGCGACAAGUUGGCGCGCCUGGCGGGUCACGUGUGCGCGCAGCAGAGCUACUGCCCGCUGUGUCCGGCGCCGCUGGCGGCCGAAGCGGCGCUGUGGGCGGCGCACGCGCAGCUGCCCGCCGCGCCGCACGUGCUGCUGUUACCCUCUAACUUCAGAUACUUUGUUAAGGAAGUGAAUGGCUGCGUUGUUGUGAAUCCAGAACGCUUGGCAAAGGGCGUCGGAGGAGGUACCUUCGCUCGCUUACUCAUUACACCAGAUAUAAACCCUCCUGGUGGUGUCGCGGCGCAGAUUGUCAGGAUUUAAAUUAGUAAUAACUGUACAAAAUAAAUAGGAAUCUAAAUAAUAAAACAGACUUUUACAAUAA